AUGCCGGAUGGUCAGGAGAUUGUACCCCGAGCAUUCAGCGGCAAGACGAGGCGAGGAAGCUUGGGGAUAUACUUUGCGUGCCUAGACCUUGCGCUCCGUGUUAUGCAGACAUCUUGGGUGGUCAAGAUUCGCUCAAUUGGCGAUUUCUGGGUGACUCUGGAACGGCGUUGUACAGAGCGCGGAAUCCCGCCGUAUCCCGUUCCCCUUCCUCCUAUGAUCCACGAAGAUUUCAACAUCCUAGAGAAUAAUACUAGCUGCUCAGUGAUUUUGGGCACUGAGAGAUACUACCUCCCUCAUUAUUGUAUGUAUGAAUACCGAAAUUACUACCAUUCUGGCAAUAUUUGGUGGGAAGCUGACCCUCUCUACAUUCCAAACUUCACUUCUCACUUUGUUUACAACCUGAAGCCGCAUGAACAACAAGACUCUGAUCACAUCCAAUUCAGCAAGUUGUUUCGGGGCCUCCCUCGAGAAAUCAAGGACCAAAUCAUCAAUUUGCUCCCACAGAGGUCACUGCCCAUAGACUGCACCUACUUGAUGCCUCAGGACGAAUGGAAACACGUAUUCAUCAACAUCCCAUUCCUAUGGGAUCUAGACCAUGAGGCCAUCCACAAAAAAACACACUCUGCACCACCAAACACCGAAUGGGACUGGGAGAAGCUGACUCGGCAAUCAUGA